UGUUUGCUGAGAGCGCGUGGUUUGAGUCGGAGCUCUUUCAAAUUUAUUCUUAAUACAUCGUUUAUUCUUGUUAUAUCUUAAGACUUGUGUUUUAAAUUGUUAUCCUCCGAGGGUAAAACAUAUCCUUAAAUAUAUCCCAUACCAAAAUCGUAUUUAAACGCACAGAUAAUUUAUUUUUAUCGGAUCACUCGCUAUUAGCCUCAGGCUGUUAGCAUUCCCAGCCUGCCUGCUUACUGCUUAACACACUGUUCUCAUUAUUAAAUCACUGAUGGCUAAUGUUUCAGAUGUGUCUGUACCUCUGUGUGCAGAUGAGGAAACGAUCGCACUUCAGUCGGAACUGGAGGCUGUGGAGAAGCAGAUCCAGGAUCUACUAGAGAAGCAGUCACGGCUGCGAGAACGAAAAACGGCGCUGGAAACAUCCAGAGCCGACGCUCGCAAAUCCGCGGUAAGUUUUCAUCGCGAUUUUAAUACUCCUUCCACUUCUACUCCGCGUGUUUCUCUGCACAGAGCCCAGGCUUCGAGAACACGGUCAGCCCAAAUGAACUUCACUCCUGCACCGGCACAACCACGGCGAAAGGCGCGAGCCAGGACUGGAGCGAUGACCCAACCGCCGCCACCGGUCUUCGAGAUCCCGACCAGGAACCGCUUUGCCGCCCUCUGCGAGACGGAAUGCAACGCUGUGGUCAUCGGAGACUCAAUCGUCCGGAACGUACCUGCGAUCCUGAAGGACGAUGCUAACGUCGGAGCUGUCGUGCUGCACGCGGGGGCGAAUGACGUCAGGAUGAGGCAGUCGGAGAUCCUGAAGAGGGACUUCAGGAGUCUGAUCGAGACGGUACGCAACGCAUCGCCCACGGCGAGGAUCAUCGUAUCAGGGCCGCUUCCUACCUACCGACGAGGGAAUGAAAAGUUCAGUAGACUAUUUGCUCUAAAUAAAUGGUUGAUGUCAUGGUGUAUUGAACAGAAGCUGCUCUUUGUUGAUAAUUUUGAUCUGUUCUGGGAGCGACCUAGGCUCUUCCGCCCUGACGGCCUGCACCCCAGCAGCAUCGGAGCGGUUCUUCUGUCUGACAACAUCUCAAAGACGCUACGCACCGCUUGACUACGUCUCCCAGCGGUAAGUCAAAACUUUAACCAUAGUCUGUGUUCCUCCCACUCAUCUGUUAUAAAUGUUACUGCUUCCAAAUGCAUAGAGACUGUGUCUGUCCCCCGAAUAAUACUACAAAAUAACAAAAUAGCCAAAUCUCAGAGAAAAAAUCUAAUCGUGAUUAAACCUGAGGACAAUGUAAUAAACGACCAAAACAAACUCAUAAAGUUCGGCCUACUAAAUAUUAGAUCACUAAAUUCAAAAGCAGUUAUUGUAAAUGAAAUGAUCACAGACAACAAUUUUGAUAUGCUUUGCCUUACCGAAACCUGGCUUAAACCAAAUGAUUAUUACGGUCUAAAUGAGUGUACACCACCAAGCUACUGUUAUAUGCAUGAGCC